AUGAGAGCACUUUUAAAAAAAGAAGAUUGCUGGAAUUCAAUAAAAUCCGAAAAAGAAGCUGGUGAAAUGAACGCAGCAAUAUUGGCCUUAGAUCAGAAGACUGAUCGUGCUCACGAAGAAGGAGGACUACAGUGGCAUUCAUCAGCUUUAAAAAAGCACUUCGAUCGUGCACUUAAGGACGUGCCAUACGAAGAUGAUAAAAAUGAUUCGACACAAAAAAAAAAGACUGAGUUUGGCAAUAAGGAUGCAGUUUUUAAGCACUGCGUAAACAUGGCUAUGUCUGGAAAACCGUUCGCUUUAUUUGAUGAUCCAAAUAUCUUUGGACUUAAGACGAUCCUUUCUGUUUCGGACUUGGUUCGUAACGAAUUUGUGGUUUGCGCAAUGGUCUGCAUUUUGUUCCGGAACAGUUUUGCUGGUUAG